UUAUCUUUUAAAAAGCCAGCUCCAAUAUACAUAUAGUAUAAUAAUUGAAAUUGGAUUGAGAAUACAAAAUAGAUGAAUAUUUUUAAAUUAAUAUCAAACCAAAAAAAAUAAGUAAAGUAAUUAUCGAAGAAAUGGGGAUAAUAUUGUGAUCAUUUAGUUUAUCAAUUGAUAAGUAUUACAAAAAAUGUUUGUUUUUGAAAUGAAGAGAAAAUAAAACAAUAUGGCAGAUCUUAAUCAAAAGAAAUAUUUAACAAUUUAAUUAAAAUUUGAAAGAGAAUAUAUAUAAUAAUUAAAUACUUUAUGGGGAGGGAAUGAAGAUUUGAAAUGCUAGAUAAACUUGAAAAUAAAUAAAUUUUUAAUUUGUUUUACUUCAAUAAAUUCUAUCUUAUCAUUCUGUUAUCAAGUGAAAUAAUAAACUUAAAUAUAAAAAUAUGAUCACAUUGAUUACCAAGUUGAACUCUCCCCCCUACUUUUACCUACUUUAUAUUAUAUUCUCCAGAUUGUAAAAAUGUAUCUUUUGGUGGGAUCAAUAGAUUCUCUAUGAAAUUAAUAUAUAUAAUAACAGACAACAAACUAUUAAUAAUAUAAGGUAUAAUACUUUAUACAAGAAUUGGAUAUAAGUAAAAACUAAAACAAAUCUUAGUAAGGUUUGUGCCUUCAAUCCCCAUUCUGGAUUGUUUUGAUCAUCGCUUUCCCACCAUAACUA